CACACCGUAACGUAGCUUCUCUCUACUCUCCUCUUCUCUUUUUCUUAUUUUCCAAUUCAUUUCCUUUUCCUGUGCUUCCUCCGUUUUCCUCUGUUCUAUCACCCCUUCUCUCGGCACCCCAAAACCAACACAGAUCCAAAACUACGCCAAAACCCUAGAUUCGUUCGUUCCGACUUCUCCUACUCCUGACCCAAAAGCCCUGAGCCCUCAACUUCACUCUCUACUGCAAUCCCCAUCUCCUGUUCUUUCUCUCCCUCUUGUUCGAUGCAGAAAGUAAGAUUCCGACGCUGUUUUCACCCUCCGAUCUGAUCCAAACUAGAAAAGAUCCCAUUUUUUACCUUCUUUUUUGUAUUUUAACUGGAAAUGGGUGCCAUAACGUCGUCAAUGGCGGCGAAGUUUGCCUUCUUCCCGCCGAAUCCUCCGUCGUAUAAGCUCGUCGUCGAUGAACAUGCCGGGAAAUUGAUGAUUUCGGACGUUCCGCAACGAGAAAACGUUGAUGUAUUGAAACUCUGUACAAAGAGAGGAAACGAGAUAAUUGCGAUGUAUGUGAAGAACCCGUCGGCAUCUCUGACCUUGUUGUACUCUCAUGGCAACGCUGCCGAUUUAGGGCAGAUGUAUGAGCUCUUUACGGAGCUUAGUCUUCAUCUGCGUGUAAACUUGAUGGGGUACGAUUAUUCUGGGUAUGGGCAGUCUUCUGGAAAGCCAAGCGAGCAGAACACCUAUGCCGAUCUAGAGGCUGCUUAUGGAUGUCUUGAAGAGAAAUAUGGAGCCAAGGAGGAAGACAUUAUCUUAUAUGGUCAGUCAGUCGGUAGUGGCCCUACUGUGGAUUUGGCGGCCCGUUUGCCUCGGCUGAGAGCAGUGAUUCUCCACAGUCCGAUCAUGUCUGGCCUUAGAGUCAUGUAUCCAGUGAAAAGAACAUACUGGUUUGACAUAUAUAAGAAUAUUGAUAAAAUUCCUUUGGUUAACUGCCCAGUUCUCAUAAUCCAUGGAACUGCAGAUGAAGUUGUAGAUUGCUCCCAUGGUAAACAGCUUUGGGAGCUUUGUAAGUUGAAGUAUGAACCACUAUGGCUUAAAGGAGGGAACCACUGUAACCUGGAACUUUACCCAGAGUACUUAAGGCAUCUCAAGAAGUUCAUACUAGCCAUUGAGAAAACGCCGCAUCUCAGCAAUGGAUGUCAACAAAGCAUAGAUCAGUCAGAGGCUCCUCGGAGCAGUAUGGACCACAGAGAGAAGUCCAGACCAAGCAUAGACCAGAGAGAGAAGCCUAGGUCCAGUGUUGACCAAAGAGAGAAGUCUAGACCAAGCAUAGAUCGGAGAGAAAAGUCAAGAAUCAGCACAGAUAGGAGAGAAAAAUCAAGAAAGAGCGUGGAUCGCCCUGAUAAGGCAAGGAACAGCAUUGACCAGCCAGAGAAAGCAAGAAACAGCAUUGAUCGCUUUGGAGAUGUGAUGAGAUCGGUCAGACUGUGCAAUAUCCAUUGUUUCAAGCACACAGCAUCAGGGAUCUGAGGAAUCAAAGGUUAGUGCUUGAAAUCAGGUUGUAUCUCCGUGUUCCUUUUUUCUUAUUUGAUUGGUCAAGUGGGAUGCUUGGGUGAUAGCAACAGCCGCUCUAUCUCUCUUUCUUCCAUGUGCUAGAGAAAUAAUAGGCAGGUUUUGUAUUUCAAUUUAUCAUUUGUCCAUAGUAAUAAAUCUAAGCAGACAUCUACGUUUAUCAA